AUGGCGCAAGAGCAAGGGAUAAACAUAUGGACGGCCCGAGAGCAGCAUCGCUGUCUGUCCUCUGCCACCUCCUGUACCUCCGUACCUGGUAACCAAGCUCAAGUUCAUCUGUAUCCUGGGUACCAAAUCCAGAUGAUCCCACCCUAUGAGUAUGAACAUAUGGCACAGAAGAUCUGGAAAGAAGGCAAAGUAUUACGCGCCAUCCAGAUAGUGAUUGGACUGAUGCACAUUGGCUUUGGGGGUGUCCUACUGACUACGAUGUUUUGGGGAUAUACCUCAAUCUCUUUUGUGGGAGGGUAUCCCUUCUGGGGAGGAAUUUCAUUUAUCGUUUCUGGAUCCCUUUCUGUGUCAGCCCAGAAGGCACCAGGCACUCACUGCAAAAUCAGCGGAAGCCUGGGAAUGCGUACUGUCAGCGCCAUCUUCUCAGCUGUGGGAAUCAUCCUUUUUAUCACAGAUCUAAGUAUCUACUGGGGAAACUCUCUGUACCGUGAUCCUCACACCACCAUGUCCACCGGAAAAGGGAUCUCGGCCAUGCUGCUCCUCUUUUCCAUCCUGGAGUUUGCCAUCACCUGCACAUCCUCCCAUUCCGGAUGCCAAAUGGUCUGCUCCCAGACCAACCAGGUGUGUCCCGGGAUUCUCUCGGUCUCAGGAGUCAGUGACCUCCUCCUUCUCUUGGUCCAGAGAGCAGCCAAGAGAAGACGGUCCCGGGGAGCGAAGGAGACCACCGAUCAUCCUUUCUUUUCUCUCUAUUUCAGGCGGCUCUAG